AUGGUCCAAACGGGCGAGGAGCGCGCUGUACACCUGGCACGGGAGGCUGUCGAACUGGUCGACGCCGGCCACCGAGAGGCGGCGUCCCGAAAUCUCCGAGAGGCGUUUUCCAUCGCCUCCGACCACCCCGAAGUCAAGGCCGCCUUUCUCAAAGUCCAGCAAGAAGAAGAAAACAGUCACCAGCUGUUGGAUCUCUGCCAGCGCUAUGCAACCGGCAAAGAUGAACAGGCAGGAAAAGAGGCGGUGGCCUAUCUGGGCCGGGACGGGCUGAAAUCUCCGGAGAGUGUCGCCUUGGAAUCGUUGAAGCUCUUGUUGGCACAACGGCCGCAUACCCUGUCCCCGCUCCAGGACGAUAUAAUCUCUGGGUUGGUUCGACAGCACGCGAGCGUUCGACAGUUCUUCUCGUCACAGCUGCAAAUCUCCGUCACUACAUUUUUCGAUGAAAUCUACGACCGAGGCGACAGUGCUGCGGUAUGCUUGGACACAGUUGUGUUGGACCCUAAUGUGUGGCCAUCGGAGGAUACCCGGUCGCACUGCGAGAGUGAACUGUUCCAGCUGUUCCUUGCCAAGUUGAUGGAGUCUGGCCAUGAUUUGGAUGGUCGCUCGCUGAAGGGAAUCACCCGGUUGCUCGCGGUUGACGCAGGGCGACUGCAACACCUGAUUGAUGACGAAGGGUUCGAAGUGAUUUUGUUGUCGUUGGACAAUCGGCUGCCGCUGGAAUUGCGGAGCCAGGCGACUUUGGCCACGGCGAAAUAUCUCGAGGUGUCCAAGGAGACGGGCGAGAAGAAGUUUUCGACCCUGAUUGCGGCGAUGAUUGCCCGCGGCCGCUUUGACGAUGUGGUGGUGGCCUUUUCCGCGUUGGCUGCUGUCUUCCCUGUGGCUCCUCCUGCUGCCGCCCAUCUAUUCUUGACAGAUGAAUUUAUGGCAUCCUUGGCUCCGAUGGUCUCGCGAGACGCCAAGACCAAGAAAGUCCAGGUCCCUGUGCUAGAGCUGCUGAAUGCUGCGUGCAUCAACCGGCCAUGUCGCGAGGCGAUUUCUAAAAAGUUCUCCGACUGGCUGUCGCACAUGUUGACCAACGGCAGCGACGAGGCCUCGGAAUUGGCGGCGGUGGUCCUGGCGAAGAUCCGAGCAUCCGAGAUCGAGCCAUCCUCAGGCAACGGUAAGGUUCAGGAGGAGAACAGCGAGGUCCCGGAGCUGGUUCAACGAUUCAAGGGACUGAUGUCUGAAAAUAAGGGUGAAAACACUCCUCACGCAAUUGAGGGACUGGCCUAUUCUUCGGUCAAGCCGGCCGUCAAAGAGCAAUUAGCCGAGGACCCUGCGUUUCUGCGUGAGUUCAUCAUAGCGCUUCAACAGUAUACUCGGGAUUCCUCUGUCCUCUAUGGUGGGCUGAUGGUCAUCGUGAACCUCACCCAAUUCCUGCCCAAUCUCUCCGAGGAACAGAAGAAAAUGUCGCAGCUGAAAGACUACGCCGAUAUCUCGACGGGGAAGGCAAGGGCUGCGCCAGAUAUUCGAAACGAUGACGAGGCCGUGCUGCAGCGUUGUGGCGCUAUCAUCAAUGCGGGUAUCAUGUCGUUGCUGGCCGAGUGCGGUCGACUGGCUCUGCCCUCUGUCCACGACCUUGCAGCGAAAAUCCUUCUGGCCUUGGCGAAGAAUCAAAAGUCUCGUGGAACUCUGGCCCAGCAGGGUGCGGUGAAGCUCUUGCUUAGUCUUACGGUUCCGAAACAAGGCACUCCCUUGCCUGCUCUCAGCGAAACGACGCAGAACGCGUCGCACGCAUUGGCCCGAAUUCUUAUCUCCGUCGAUCCUUCAAACGUCUUUCCGUCUUCCGGGUUUCCCCAAGUCACUACCGCCGUGCGUCCUCUACUUUCUCUCCUCUCGUCGCCGGAGACAGCCAGUUUUUCGGCCGAUCAGCCCCGUGACCUCCUCCCGGUGUUUGAGAGUCUACUUGCUCUGACAAACCUUGCAUCCUAUCCACACGAUGACUCUGCCCCGGAACUCAUUGUGCGGGAAGGAUGGGACGCCGUGGAGGAUCUCCUUCUGUCCAGUAAUGUUCGCGUUCAGCGUGCCGCCUGUGAGCUGGUCUGUAACCUGAUGACCUGCGAAUCUGGCGUCAUUAAGUUUGCCGAUGGGUCCAAGCGAGCUGCCCAGCGCCUUCACAUCCUACUGGCGCUGGCCGACGCGGAUGACUUUGCGACUCGGCGAGCCGCCGGUGGGGCUCUCGCCAUGCUGACUGAAUUUGAUGCGGCUAUGGCGGCAGUCCUGGAUCGGCCACGUGGAGUGGAGCUGCUAUUGGGCCUCUGCCAGGAGGACGACGAUGCUUUGCUUCACCGGGGCGUCGUAUGUGUGCGCAACCUGACCUGCAUGGCAUCCGGCGACAUUGGUGUGCGAGCCAAGGCCGCCGUUCGAGCUGCUGAGGGUGUGGACAUUCUCACCGCGUGCCUCAAGAAGACCUCGAAUCCCGCUGUUCUGCAGGUGGGCGUCGAGGCUCUAAAGCCAUUGAUCAGCCAGUGA